AUGAGUAAUUUCGAAGUACUGGCAAAAAAAUUUAAUUUUGAAAAUAUUGAAUGUGAAGAUCAACAACAACAACAACAUCCCCACAAACAUCCCCACAACCAACAACAAACUUCAUCUUCUCCUUCACUUUCUCCAUUACGUACACGUCUUUGGACAGCCCCAAUAGAAACUUCAAACAAAAGAAUUCAACAAAAACAGCCCUGUAAAGCUGUUUUUAGAUCUGCCCAAAGAAGAAGUGCCACAGGCAUUAGAAGGGCCGAUAAACAUUUAGAAGAACCAGCACUUUUAGUUGAUUUAGAAGGGAUUUGUUUAGAUGAAAAAUGUUUGAAUAAUUUAAUUGAUAAAGACGAAAAUUUGGAAAAUUCUAAAGAAGAAAGAAAAACUCCUGAAAAUACUUCUUCUAAUUUAUCUUCUUCAUUAACUACAGCUAGAAGACUUUCGAAUACUUCAGAAAAUACUAAAGGAGAAAAAAAGAAUUCUGCAAUGAGUAAAGAUUCCGGAAUUGAUUUUUGA